AUGCAGGUUGGCUUGGGACUGAUCUCCCCCAUUGCUCCCAACAUUUUUCUCCGCACAGCAUGUUGUUCUAUAGGGCUUGCACUUCCCGUAUAUUCCACGUUUAAAGCUAUUGAGGACAAUGAUCCAUAUCAGCAACAGAGAUGGCUAUUGUAUUGGGCAGCUUAUGGAUCUUUUAGCGCUGUAGAAAUGUUUACCGAGAAAUUAUUUUCUUGGAUUCCGUUCUAUUAUCAUGUAAAGUUUGCAUUUCUUCUUUGGCUACAACUUCCCACUCUCAAUGGUGCGAUGCAAUUAUAUUCUAGUCACUUGCGUCCAUUCCUGUUGAAGCAUCAAGCUAAAAUGGAUGUGAUUGUCGAAUUUGUGUAUGGGGUAAUGGGUAAACUUAUUAAGGAUCAUCAAACUGAAUUGCAGCUUGCAAGAAAUCUAGCAGUGAAGUUUUUAAUGACAGCAACUCAGAUGAUUAAGAAUCUCAUUCAUCCAGUUGGGAGGGAGUCUAAUCGCAUUGAACCCGAGAAGAGGCAGCUUCAGGAUUCAGAAUCAGAAGAUUAA